GAGAGGCCAUGCACCUUCUUGGCUCCCGGCGAUCCUUGAGGGAACCUCCUCUCGUCUACUCUUCUCUCACAUGAACUGCUUCUCCUCCUCUCUUCCUCUUCCUUGAUCGAUCACUGGAGUUCAGCAACUUCCGCCAUUGGAGAACCUCCUGAGUUUUUGCAUCAAGAAAGAGCUAGCACAACGAUGUGGAAGGGCAGAGCCAUUCGCAUGGCUUCCUUAUUCUUCUUCUUCUACAGCGGGCUCUGUUCCAUGGCCUCUUCUCUUUCUCCUGAUGAAAAGGCUCUGGUCUCGCUGUUGGCAGCCAGCUCUACCUCCGCCGGGUCUCCGGCGCCAUCAUGGAACCCCUCCGAUCCUACCCCCUGCUCCUGGAGCGGCGUCACUUGCUCCCCUCAAGGCCGCGUCACUUCGCUCUCCCUCGCCGACACCUUCCUUAACCUCACCGCCAUACCGCCGGAGCUUUCCUUGCUCUCCUCACUCCAGCUUCUCAACCUCUCCUCCGCCAACAUCUCCGGCGGCAUCCCGCCGGCGCUUGGUGCCCUCUCCGCCCUCCGCAUCCUCGACCUCUCCUCCAACUCCCUCUCCGGCCCCAUCCCGCCGCAGCUCGGGGCCCUGUCGUCCCUCCAGUUCCUCCUCCUCAACUCCAACCGCCUGUCCGGCGCCAUCCCCGCCGCCCUCGCCAAUCUCACCUCCCUCCAGGUGCUCUGCCUCCAGGACAACCUACUAAACGGCUCCAUCCCCGCCCAUCUCGGCUCGCUCCUCUCCCUCCAACAGUUCCGCGUCGGCGGCAACCCCUUCCUCUCCGGCGAGCUCCCGCCACAGCUCGGCUUCCUCACCAACCUCACCACAUUCGGAGCCGCGGUGACCGGCCUCUCCGGCGCCAUCCCGCCGGAGUUCGGCAACUUGGUCAGUCUCCAAACAUUAGCCCUCUACGACACUGACAUCUCCGGCUCGGUGCCGACGGAGUUGUGGCAGUGCUCGGAGCUGACCAAUCUUUAUCUGCACAUGAACAAGAUCACCGGGGUGAUCCCCCCGGAGCUCGGCAAGCUCCAGAAGCUCACCAGCCUCCUCCUGUGGGGGAACUCCCUCAAUGGAUCGAUCCCGAGCGAACUUGCCAAUAUCUCCGCAUUGGUGGUGCUCGACUUGUCGGAUAACAAGCUCUCCGGAGACAUCCCCGGCGAGCUCGGAAGAUUGGCACAGCUUGAACAGCUCCACCUGUCCGAUAACAUGAUCACGGGGAGCAUUCCAGCCGAGUUGAGCAACUGCAGUAGCUUGACUGCUCUGCAGCUCGACAAGAAUGCUCUAUCAGGCUCCAUUCCUAGCCAACUCGGAAACUUGCAGUCAUUGCAAAGCCUCUUCCUCUGGGGCAACUCACUCUCCGGAUCCAUUCCGCGAUCCCUCGGUAACUGUACCGAGCUGUAUGCCCUGGACUUGUCAAAGAACAGCCUCACAGGGACAAUGCCGGAGGAAAUUUUUGGGCUCGACAAGCUCAGCAAGCUUCUUCUCUUGGGCAACUCAUUGACAGGGGUGCUUUCGUCGAGCGUCGCGAAUUGCCAGUCAUUGGUAAGGUUGAGGCUCGGAGAGAACCAGCUCUCCGGUGAAAUCCCAAGGGAGAUCGGUAUGCUGCAAAAUCUUGUGUUUCUGGAUCUCUACAGCAACCAUUUCUCAGGGGCAUUGCCUUCUGAGAUCGCAAACAUCACUGUUUUGGAGCUGUUGGAUGUCCACGAUAACUUCAUCACCGGAGAAAUCCCUGCUCCGCUCAGCGGGCUGAUGAAUUUAGAACAGCUCGACCUCAGCCAGAACAGCUUCGCCGGCGGGAUCCCGGCUAGCUUUGGCAAUUUCAGUUAUCUGAAUAAGCUCAUCCUGAGGAACAAUCUACUCACAGGGCCGUUGCCAAAAUCAAUAAAGAACCUGCAGAAGCUGACCUUGUUCGAUGCGAGUGGUAACAGAUUAUCAGGUCCCGUUCUUCCUGAGAUUGGCUCAUUGACAAGCUUGAUGAUUUGCUUGAACUUGAGCUCCAACCAGUUCGCCGGAGAAAUCCCACAGGAGAUUUCGGGUCUGACGCAGCUUCAGUCACUGGAUCUUUCGAACAACAUGCUCAGCGGCGGGAUCGAAGUCUUGGUCCUGCUCACCAGUCUCACCUCCCUCAACAUCUCGUUCAACAACUUCUCAGGGCCAAUUCCGGUGACUCCUUUUUUCCGAACUCUGUCUUCGAACUCCUACCUCGGGAACCCCCAUCUUUGUCAAUCUUUCGACGGCUUUACUUGUUCUUCUGAUCUCGUGCGCCAAACUGCCAUCAAAUCGAUCAAGACCGUCGUGCUCAUCUGCGCCAUUUUUGCUUCCGUCACUCUCUUGUUCGUAGCGACAUGGAUUGUUCUCGACAGAAAUCGAAAGCUCACGGCGGAUAAAGCCCUGCCCGUCAUAUCUUCUUCAUGCGACGAUUUCUCGUACCCGUGGACCUUCAUCCCGUUCCAAAAGCUGAACUUUACGAUCGAUAACAUCCUCGAGUGUCUCAAGGAUGAAAAUGUGAUCGGAAAAGGUUGCUCUGGGAUCGUCUACAAGGCGGAGAUGCCCAACGGGGAGCUGAUCGCCGUGAAAAAGCUUUGGAAGACGAAGAAGGAAGAGGAACUGGUCGAUGCAUUUGAGUCUGAGAUCCAGAUUCUAGGCCAUAUCAGGCACAGAAACAUUUUGAAGCUACUAGGUUACUGCUCCAACAAGUCCGUCAAGCUCCUCCUCUACAACUACAUUUCCAACGGAAAUCUGCAACAGCUUCUGCAGGACAACAGGAAUUUGGACUGGGAAACACGGUACAAGAUCGCGCUUGGAUCCGCGCAGGGUUUAGCCUACCUCCACCAUGACUGCAUUCCCGCCAUUCUCCACAGGGAUGUCAAGUGCAACAACAUACUGCUGGAUUCAAAAUUUGAAGCAUAUCUGGCCGAUUUCGGUUUGGCGAAGCUGAUGAUUUCUCCCAAUUUCCAUCACGCCAUGUCCAGGAUUGCCGGUUCAUAUGGAUACAUAGCACCAGAGUACGGGUACACGACGAAUAUAACGGAGAAGAGCGAUGUGUAUAGCUUCGGCGUGGUGCUUCUAGAGAUCCUGAGUGGACGCAGUGCCAUCGAGCCGGUGGUCGGGGAUAGUCUUCACAUAGUAGAGUGGGUGAAGAAGAAAAUGGGUAGCUUGGAGCCGGCCGCAAACGUUUUGGACCCGAAGUUGCAGGGAAUGGCUGAUCAAAUGGUGCAGGAGAUGCUUCAGACACUAGGGAUCGCGAUGUUCUGCGUGAACUCAUCCCCGUCGGAGCGUCCCACCAUGAAGGAGGUGGUGGCAUUGCUGAUGGAGGUGAAGUGCCCCCCUGAAGAAUGGGGGAAGACAUCACAACAGCCACUCAUGUAGCCUGUGAGCCAUGGAUACUGAACUCCCCCUUCUUUUGAUCUCCUAGUCGUUGAAUUUUUUUUUUUUAUCUUUCUUUCUUUCAAAUUCUUCACUUUGUUUUCAGUUUUCUUAUCUCCUGAGAGAGCUCCAUGAAAAUUCCUUCUCCCAAAGGAAUGGAAGGUUUGACGAAGUUGGGAAUUGA